AUGCCCUACGCCGGUGCUGCUGGCGUGCGCUGUGUCCUGCUGCCUGUCCUGCCCUGCCCGCCCCAGGAGGGGGUCUCCGAGCCAGUGGGCAGGCGGGAGCGCUGGGGUGGCUGGCAUGGGGUGGCAGAGGCACAGUAUGAGGUGUCUGGUGAGGAGCACCUCUACUCCGACUUCCCUGAGAUUGAUUUGUCUCAGCUGGAUGCCAGCGACUUUGACUCGGCCAGCUGCUUCAGUGAGCUGCAGUGGUGUGGGGAGCACUCGGAGACCGACUCCAGCCAGUACAGCACCGACGACUCCGAGCUCUUCCAGAUAAUAGACAGCGAGAACGAAGCACUGCUGGCAGCCCUCACCGAGACAUUGGAUGAUAUACAGGGAGAUGACAUGGGCCUGGCUGCCUUCCGAACUAUGGAAGAGGGGGACACGCUCAACCAUGCCUACACCUCGCCUGCCCCCUCCCCCAAACCCACCGCCCCGGUCACGGGGGGGCCGCCCCCGGCCCCCGAGUUUGAUGAGCUGUCUCUACUGAAGAAGUUGCUCCUCUCUCCAUCGCACGUGCCUCCGAGCUGCGAGGCUCAGCGGGACGGGAGCACCCGGCGCCCGGGGACCCCUAAGUCCCGACCCGCACGGCCCUGUGCAAAGGUGGAGGGUCCCCGGGACAGGAGGGCAAGUGUCCCGCAGGCGCAGAGCCGCAGCUGCACUGAGCUGCAUCGGCACCUCACCUCCAUCGCCCCGUGCCCCCAGACCAAAGCCCCCCGGGCACCUGAGGAGUGCCCCAGCGGCCGCCACCACCCAUCCCUGGGCAACUGUGCCCAUCACGAGGAUGACAGUGACUCCAGCGAGGACUCGCUGAGCUCCGGCGACUCGGUGCCCCCCCCCUCCUCAGCGGAGGAUGGCUCCAGCAGCCAGUUCUCCUGCGAGGGGGAGAUGCACUCGGUGGUGGAGCUCAUCCGCUACAUGCAUACCUACUGCCUGCCGCCGCGGAAGCUGCCCGCCCGCGACGCCGCCGACGCCAAGCCCCAGCCCUGCAGCAGCCCCUUCAAGAGAGCCAAACCUGACUGCCCCGCGCAGCCGGGUCCCCCCAGCAGUGCCCAGAGCCGGCCGGGCUGCACCUGGCAGGCGGCCGGGGCCCAAGACAGGGAGGAUGCUGGUGGGACCUGCACAUCCAGAGCCAAAACAGCACCGGAGAAGGGCGAGCCGCGGCAGAGCCCUGGGGCCGAGGCAGAGGCACCACGGGAGCUGGGUGGCCUCGAGGACGAUGCUGGGAAGCAUGCGGGUGCCCCGGGCACAGCCGUGGGGAAGGUGGCCCGCAAGCAGGAGAGCACAGUUUACGCCGUCCGCCGGUCCAAGAGACUCAACCCUGAGCUCAGCCACUGGCUCUCCUUCCUUGACGAGCCGCCCCCUGAGCCCUCCGUGCCCCGGGAGGCAGGGGACAGCCGUGGUCCCCGGCACGCCCUGGCCUGCAGGGAGCCUGCACCGUGCCCAGCGCUGGAGGGCUUCUCAGCUGAAGAGCCCGCGGCCGAAGUGGAGGUGGGGGGCACAGAGGAGGGAGACGGCGGGAGCACGGCACAGCCAGCAGAGCCCCAGCCCCUCUCCCUGGGCUCCCUGGGGGACAGUGAGGUGGGCGACAGGGCUGAGAGCCGACGCUGUGCCCUCCUGGAGCAAGCAGAAACACCCAGGUGUCUCACGCUGUCCUUGGCACAAACUGACCCGACCUUUGGGAAGAGAAACUUUGAGCCGAUGCUGACAGUGGAGCUGUGUGGGACGGCAGGUCUCACGCCACCGACCACUCCACCGUACAAGCCCGCCGAGGAGGACCUGUACAAGCCAGACAUCCCCCAGGAGCCAGGGAAGGAGGACGGGACAGCCCCCAGCCCCGGGGAUGCAGGGGACAUGGCAGCCUCCCAAAAAGCCCCCAAGAAGCACCCCGAGAGGACAGAGCUCUUCGCCCACCUGAGCCGAGCCGCGGGGCGCCCCGCGCUCCCCGAGCAGCAGGGCAUGCUCAAGCGGCCCUUCUCCCGCUCCUUCGGGGACCACGACUACUGCCAGGUGCUGAAGCCCGAGGCCGCCCUGCAGAGGAAGGUGCUCAAGUCGUGGGAGCCCCUGGGCCAGGUGGAGAUGGAGCACAAGAGGAGGGUCCCAGCCGCCCACUACCAGGGGCUGGACCUCGGCAGCAAGGAGGCGGGCGGUGAGAUGCUGUGGAAGGAUGGUGUCAAGCAGCUGAGAGACCAGGAGAUCAGAGCCAGCUUAACGAAGCACUUUGGCUUUCUGGACAGUACGCUUGAUGACGAGGACAUGGUCUUCUGCAAGACCCCUGAGUACGACACCGUCUUUGAAGACAGCUGCAGUGAAAGCAGCUCCCCUGUGGAGGAGGAGGAGGAGGAGGAAGAAGAGGAGGAGCACAGCGACACCAAGCUGUGCCUGCGAAGAAACCCCCUUUCCCGGACCAGUUUGCAUUACUGUUCCCGGAGCAGGUCCAGCUCGGGGUCUUCGUGUUGCCGGUCCCGAUCGCCCGCAAGCAGACGGACCUUCAGGUGUGAGAAUGGCCAGCAGUGUCAGGGCGGGAGCGAGCACCGGGGCCAGCUGGAGAAGAGACGGGAAAAGGCCAUCGGGGAAGGCCGGGUGGUGUAUAUCAAAAACCUCUCCAGCAGCAUGAGUUCUAGCGAACUGAAGAAACGCUUUGAAGUGUUUGGUGAAAUUGUGGAGUGUCAGGUCCUGUCCAGGACUAACAGGGGGGAUAAAUACGGCUUCAUCACCUACCGGUAUUCAGAGCAUGCCGCCUUAUCUCUGAAGAAUGGCACCUCGCUAAGGAAGAGGAACGAGCCUUCAUUCCAGCUCAGCUCUGGUGGCCUCGGGCACUUCUUCUGGACCAGAUACACUGACUUGGAUUGCAGCACGGAGGAGUCCUCCCCAGCUUCUGUGAAAAGCAAGUACGAGACCAUGGAUUUUGACAGCUUGCUGCAGGAGGCCCAGCUAAGCCUGCAUCGGUAACAGCCUUAACCUUGGAGGAAUACCUCAAUACCUCAGU